UUCAAUGCGCUCGGUUGUCGACAUCUGCUGUCAGGAGCUUCACCGAGCACCACCACCACCAUCAUCAUCCUUCUCAUCAUCCUUCUCCCCACCCCUCAACCUCUCCCUGCGGGAACGACAAUAUCCAGCUCUUAACAUUCCCAAUUUGGAAUUGCAAAUCCACGCCAAAGGAGCCAGUUUGAUCGGCAUAAACCACAUUCUUUCUUUAAUGGCGUCAGAAACGCGUCUCACGCUCGCGUUAUCGUACAGGAGGUAUGGCGGCUAAUCAGACGCUUUGUGAAUCCGCAUCAGUCAGAUUUUCAAUGCAUGUGUUGUGAAACGAUCAUUUAAGCAUAUUACCGAUCUUUAUUAAUCAUUCAAAGGAUGCAUAUGCGCGCAUACGGUGCACAGAUUGCCUAAUCAAAUCGCAGGUGUUGUUGCAAACAGGAUUAAGCGAUGAAAUUCAAUUUCAAAAUGCAUGACGGAACGGACAGGCUGAUUUGAAAGCGCUGGUUGCAUUGGUGUGCGUUUGUAAUUACUGGAUGCUGAAGAGUCUGGGGAGAGUUUGAGGUGGUCCACACCCCGUCAUUGUUCCAGCCAUGUCCCCUCCAGCAUCCGCUGCGACAGCCAGUGAGAGCAGCACCACCACUGUGUUUGAGGACGAUCCGGACGGCACUAGAGAGGAGCAGAGGCCUGUGAAACAGUCACUGAGCAAAUCCAUGUGCAGAGAGGUGUUCUGGAAAUGCCUGCUGCUGUCCAUGCUCAUGUACGGCUGCAUGGGAGCCAUGGUGUGGUGCCACGUCACCAAGGUCACCCGGUUGACCUUUGACAGUGCCUACAAAGGGAAGUCCAUGAUGUAUCAUGACAGUCCCUGCUCUGAAGGCUACAUCUACAUCCCCUUGGCCUUCCUCAUCAUGCUUUACGUCGUCUACCUGGUGGAGUGCUGGCACUUCCAUGCCAGAAAUGAACUUCAGUACAAGGUGCACAUGGAAGGGAUUUACGAAAGAGUCCAGAGGAUGCAGCAAGCCAAACCUUGCAUCUGGUGGAAGGCGAUCAGCUACCACUACGUGCGACGGACAAGGCAAGUCACAAGGUACCGCAACGGAGACGCGUACACAACCACGCAGGUGUAUCACGAGAGGGUGAACACGCACGUAGCUGAAGCAGAGUUCGACUACGGCCACUGUGGAGUUAAAGACGUGUCCAAGCAGCUAGCGGGACUGGAAAAGUCAGCCAUCACCAAACUGAGGUUCACCAAGUGCUUUAGCUUCGCUAACGUGGAGUCCGAAAACUCCUAUUUGACCCAACGGGCAAGGUUCUUCACCGACAACGAAGGACUGGAUGAUUACAUGGAGGCUCGUGAAGGGAUGCACCUGAAAAAUGUAGACUUCAAAGAGUACAUGAUUGCCUUCUCCAACCCCGACCACCAUCCUUGGUACGUCUCCAACUACGUCUUCUGGACAGCGGCCUUUCUUACAUUAUCCUGGCCGUUACGGGUGCUGACGGAGUACCGCACGGCCUACGUCCACUUCCGUGUGGAAAAGCUCUUUGGUGCCGACUACAUACCUGUGACGCCCUGCGACGAGAGACCAUACUGUAGACGCAUCCCGAGGGUCAACACCAUCGACAGCACCGAACUGGAGUGGCACAUUCGCUCCAACCAGCAGCUGGUUCCCAGCUACUCCGAAGCGGGUCUGAUGGACCUGGCGCAACGUUCAGGAGGCGUCAGGCAGAACUGCGAACGCUGCCACCGCGCCAUCAGCAGCUCCUCCGUGUUCUCCCGUAGCGCCCUAAGCAUCUGCAAUGGCAGUCCACGGAUUCCUUUCAGCGGGAGUCGCUUCUCCUUGGGAAGAUUGUACGGUUCCCGUCGCAGCUGCUUUUGGAGAAGCGGGAGCGGCAGUCUGGACGAACCAGAGAGCCCCAGUGAGAACACACGAUGCUUGUCCGGACGGCUCAACGUUGAUGAGGAAGACCCACCUCCUUAUCAGGAUGCGCUGUACUUCCCGGUGCUUAUUGUCCAUUGCAGUGAGAGUUGCCCCAAUCACCGCUCCUUCCAUAGGAAUAGCUCUUGCGUGGAGACGUCUUUAUGAUAGACCUCUGACCACCUGAAAGACGCGAGAGUUUCCGAUAAUGCAGAGAAACCUCAAUACCAGACGUGUCCUGUUACUCAGGAAUCAUUUAUUGGAAUAUUUAUUGGCCCACAACACUGUACGCUUACAACAAUGGACGGAGCAAUUGAGGAACAACUCCAAUAAUACACAUUUAUAGCAAUAAUGCAAACAAAGCAUUGGAGUUCUUGGUACAAGUAAUAAUUAACUUGCUAGGACAGCAAACACGGGCUGUUUCACACGUUCUUGACAGCUAUAAAGAACAAUGGCCACAGAGCAAAAACCUCUUGUCUUUUUUCUACAAGUAUGAGCAUUUUCACCUUUACGGACCUUCUUAAAUGUUGCACUUGAAGUUACAUGUGUCAAAUCAUCUGUAAAAGAAUGUUACUUUGUUUCUCUCAUAUAGUGGAUUCCGUUGGCCCAUGAAAUGUACGGUUUACAUUCAUAUAAGAACUCUCCUUAUGUAUCCAAGAAAAAAACUUUGUACUUUUGUGAUUUAAUCAUAUCAGGCAGAACUAUAUGUACGAUUAUGAACUAUUAUGGCGAUGUUUGCAACACUAUCUCAAACCACUUAGGAAACCAUAUGACACAUUUCAGGCUAUGCAACUAUUAACCUCUGGUAUGUUACGCCUUUAAAACGUAUAUACAAUUUAUAAUGGAAUGUAUGACUGUUGAAGCUUUUCUUUACAUCGCUUGUACAGUACGUAGUGUACAAACUAUCCAACAAGGACUUAUUUAGUGAAGACAGACCUGAACAGGGUUGACUAUUAGAGAAUGUUUUAGGGGUUUAAUGGCUGGCGGCUGCUCUUGUACUUAGCCAGAAAUUGCAGUGGAUCAGAGUAAAUGCAAAGGAUCAACUAAACACAGUAUAAGAGAGGAAAUAUGUGACCCAGGACCACAAAACCAGGCAAAAAGGUCAUGUUUUAAAAAACUGAGAUUUAUAAAGCUUACUAAAUUGAUGUAUGGUUUGUUACGAUAGGACAAUAUUUGGCCAGGGUUGCCAGGUUUUAGCCCGAUUGUGUUUUGGUGGGGGUCCCCUAGUAAAAAUUAAUUCACGUUCGAAGGGCUAAAAAUACACGUUUUUGGUGGGAUUCCCCUGGUAAAAUUUGAAUUUCAGGGGAUAAAUAUCACAUCAGUGGGGUUGCUUAAACCCGUGGACAUGAAAAACAACCCACGGCAACAGUGUUAAAUUAACCCAAUUCCAUGGGAAAACCGCAGACUUGGCAACACUGUAUUUGGCCGAGAUACAACUAUACUACUGCAAAAAAAAAAAAAAAUUCUAAAUAUUGAGAAAAUCACCUUUAAUGUUGUCCAAAUGAACUUCUUAGCAAUGCAUAUUACUAAACAAAGUUUUAAUAGAUUUACAUUUUGACCCAUACAAUGUAUUUUUGGCUAUUGCUAAAAAUAUACCUGUGCUACUUAAGACUGGUUUUGUGGUCCAGGGUCACAUAUACAUUUCUUUACGCAGCUGUACAUUAAUUUAUCAAUUAAUAUUGUUUUGCAUUAACCACAACAAAGGUGCAACCUCAUUAAAAGCUCAAUUCAACAUGGUUUUACCAAUGAUCCCUGAAUGCUGAAAAGUAGUAUUGACUCUCAACAAAGGCCUAGAGUUUUCCAAAGACAUCUCUUUUUUUCUCGUUCAUGCAGUCGAUCCAGAUAUAGCCUAAAUAUCUCUGGUCUAUUACCUGUUGUGUCUAAAAGUUGCAAAAGCAUUUAUUAACAUUCAUAUGUCACAUCACUUUUAUACUGCCUACAUAAUGUAUACCAUAUCACGAAAAAGUAAAAACGCCAUCACUAUGCUGCCUUCAUGUAGCAUUAUGUUAAAUGGACAUAAACUCACCGAAUAAACUGCUUGUGGAUACAAAGAAAUGAGUAACCACUGUGUAAAUAUGUCACUUGGCAGAAAGUUACACUGAGGUCAUUCCUGUUUUGUUUUGUUGCAGUUUAAGAAAAUAUAUCUCUAUAAAAGAGUUGUGACAAGAAAACAGGAUGUUCAAAAAGAUUAUAAAGUUAGCUUACAAAAGGAUACCAACAGCUUCAUUUUUAUAUUUUUAAGCAUCUUCUGAAAUGUUUAUCUUCCCAAACUUAUUUAAUAUGAUGAAUGUAUAAAAAAGGAACAAACCAACUAACACUACAAAACAUCCAAGAUUUCAUCAAAUAUCCAUUGAUAUUACUUAAUGUUCUCUGUUGAUUUUACACCCAAAAGAUUUCCUUUUCUGGAGGAAUAAAGUGAGAAGGCAGAUUGCAGGUUAUUAUCCAGUGUGCAGUUAUGAGAACACACCUCUAGAUGGCAAUAAUGAAUA